GUGGCGCCGCCGCGACACGAGCCUCAGAAUUCGAGUGUCGGCGCUGUCUGUGAUGUGAACAGUCAGAUCGUAAUGGCGACUGCUGGAACAGCAGACUCGGGAUCGACAGCCCCGACAGGGACCAGCAGCAUCCGGAAAAUGGCCCCUUCAGAGAUGCCGGGCUCCUCAAACACAACUCAGAGUAUGAAGAAGACCAUUGGACACCGGGGAGUUGAGACCACCACAGGAGAGACCACCUAUAAAAAGACCACGUCGUCUGCCCUAAAAGGUGCAAUCCAACUGGGCAUUGCUCACACAGUUGGCAGCUUAAGCCAAAAGGCAGAGAGGGAUGUUCUCAUGCAGGACUUCGUGGUGGUCGAAAGCAUCUUUUUCCCAAGUGAAGGCAGUAACCUGACACCUGCUCAUCACUACAGCGACUUUCGCUUCAAGACCUACGCUCCUAUUGCUUUUCGUUACUUUAGAGAACUGUUUGGGAUACGGCCAGAUGACUAUCUGUAUUCUCUAUGUAACGAGCCACUGAUAGAGCUGUCUAAUCCUGGAGCCAGCGGAUCAAUCUUCUAUGUUUCCAGUGAUGACGAGUUCAUCAUCAAGACUGUUCUACACAAAGAGGCUGAGUUCCUCCAGAAACUCCUGCCUGGAUACUUCAUGAAUAUAAACCAAAACAAGCGCACCCUGCUGCCCAAGUUCUAUGGAUUGUACUGUGUUCAGGCAGGGGGCAAGAAUAUCCGCAUGGUAGUGAUGAACAAUCUUCUGCCUCGGAUCAUCCCCAUGCACCUCAAGUAUGACCUGAAGGGCUCCACUUAUAAGAGACGAGCCUCUCCUAAGGAGAGAGAAAAGGCUGUUCCCAUUUACAAAGACCUGGACUUUAUCCAGGACUUACCCGAUGGCCUGCUGCUAGAAGCAGACAACUACAACGCUCUGUGUAAGACUAUACAGAGGGAUUGCUUGCUAUUACAGAGUUUCAAGAUUAUGGAUUACAGUCUGCUGAUGGGCAUCCACAACAUGGACCAGGCCAGUCGCGAGCGAGGUGGAGGCAAUUCAUCGGACAGUUGUGGCUCAGAGGGAGCUGUGACUCCAGAUCAGCGCCGGCCACAAACGCAGAAGAGUCUGUACUGUACGGCCAUGGAGUCCAUCCAGGGGGAGGCUCGGGGGAAGGGAGCCUUAGAUUCAGAAGACCACAUGGGCGGUAUUCCAGCACGAAGUACUAAAGGAGAGAGGUUGCUGAUCUACAUCGGCAUCAUCGACAUUCUCCAGUCCUAUAGGUUCAUUAAGAAGUUGGAACACUCCUGGAAGGCCUUGGUCCAUGACGGGGAUACUGUGUCAGUUCACAGACCUGGCUUCUAUGCAGAGCGUUUCCAGCAAUUCAUGUGUAGCACGGCAUUUAAGAAAAUUCCACUAAAGCCAUCACCAUCUAAGAAGAGUCGUGGUGGUUGUCAGGGAGGUCUCAGGAGAGCCCCCACCCUGGGAGCUCCCACCCCGCUCUCCCAGGCAACAGGGCAGAUGGCGGUGGACUCCAGACUGGUGUACCACAGUUACUUCAGAAGCACAGAGUCUGAGGCCGACAUUGGCGUGCAGUCGGGCCGACCCGAUCUUGUUCCGAGGACCCCUCCGCUGAUAGACAACCCAGCUGAUUAUGACGCCAACCUCUCCACCUCAUCACUAGGCAGCACAGGAGUGGCCUCCGCCUCUCCUCCCCUGCGUUCUGUAGGAGUCGAGGUGCACAAAGCAGCCAACACAGACCCUGACCAUGGUGCUACCCACAGUUUGGGGGCAGAAGGGGCUACGGACAAUUCCAGCAACCUAUCUGGAAAAGAAGAUGUAGUUUCACUAUCGGACAUCGUCCCCGAGACCAACAUCUGUUUUUAAAGAAAGGACAUGGUGUUUCUGGCCGAGGUGAAGUGUCUGACGUAGGAACAAAGAGAAUGAAGGUUUCCACCAUGGACCCUUCGUUGCACAAGUGAUGUUGUCUCACCCACAACUACAGUAGGGAUCACUGGGGAAUGCAGCGAGGUGCAGUGAACGUUUCAACAUUGGGUAAAACAAUGAUGGGAAGAUGAAGAAGCAAAUGCCAUCAACAAAGUUGCUGUGUGCACACGUUUGGUCUCAAAGCCCCAUUGUCACACCUGAAGAAAAAAAAUGGGUGUAUCACCCUGAAUUGGAAGCUGAUUAAUAGCCCUGACGGCAUUGGAUUGAUUAAACCAAGGUUAUCCUUCUUUUUUACAACACGUGUCUAAUGCAAGGUAAAAAUGAACAAAAUAAUUGGCUGUAUAUUAUUAAAAAAAACAGUCACCAGUGGAUGGUGAAGGCAGUCCAAUCCUCCAUGAAGAGUCCGUCGUCAGCGAGACACAGUUUAAGAGCUCCUACGUCAGACACAGUUUAAGAGCACAUGAACGGCAUAGCCUGCAUUUAUAGGAGUGAAUAUUUUCCUGUGUUCAUGCACAGUCUAAAUGGGUUCACAGUUCUGCGGCUGACGCUCUGGCGUUCCCACUACCGCACAUUCAUUUCUCCCUCGGCAGGCCUCAUGAUCGAGGGGGAACUCUGAGCUCAGUGGUCAUUGUUCAAAUCAACACUUGCUGCUGUCGACUCUGCAAUCAUGUAUCCCUUUCCUUUCACUGAUUGUGAAUGUCCAGUAUUUUGUUUUGAGGUCAGAUUUUGAGAUGCUGAAGAGACGAGUCGAACCAGACCCCCUUCUGUAAUUCUUAUAAGUUAUUCUGCUGGAAGCCACAGUUGUACUGCAAAGGUCCAACCAGAUCUUGCCACUGCUGAAUGUAACUUAGCGGGUUUUUUUUAUUACAUAGACUGUCUUAUUAACAUGGCAGACCACAUAAUUACAACCCUGAAUAUCUCCCCCUUCUGGUGUGACCAUAUGUGCGGAAGUAUAGAUGAAUAAUAGAGGAUCCGUUGACAGCACUGCUGGUCAUUCGAUGCUGUUACAUGAAGUCAUGGUGUUAAGUUAAUAGAACAGUAGCAUUCAAGCUAUUGUCUGUUGCCUGUCAUGUGUGUGUGCCUUUACAUGUUUGUCCCUCCCCAAACUUUUUUUUUUUUUUUUUUUUUUACAGUUUUAAUGUUGAAGUCACUCAGAGAAACCUGCCUUAUCACUACAGCUGACAUCAUCAAACUGCCAUUCGUGUGUCUGAACAAACCAAUCAGUUGUCAGUGUUUUAAAAGGAUUUCAGAAUUUUAAUGCAAACACUAGAAUCAUCUCUUUUGGUUCAUUCAUGUUGAGUGUUAAGUCACCUUGGUUGAACUGGUCAGCUCAAACUUCAAACUCUCCUGGCAUCGGACAGAAUGAACCUGUCUCUUAUUCAUUUCUGCUGGUAACAGAAAUGGUAAGUGCCCACACCCACUCUUGGACCAAUAUCACUAACCAUAUUUGUAUAUAGUUCAUGAAAAAUUUGUGUUGGUUUUCACCAAAUGUUUUUGUGUAUAUCUUAUUGUUUAGGACACUAAACAAGGCCCAGGUGUUGCAUGGCUGAAAGGUUGUUUUUUAACCCAAAUAGGAUUUUUCUGAUACAAAAAUGGAAUCGUAGCAGAACUCAAAAUCUUAGACAUCAUCUCAUUGAAAGAAUAACUGUUUAUGUGCUUAUUAAAUUACCACGUGUGCAGUAGAGAGGGAGAGGGGGGGAUGUGAGUGAUGAAUAUAGAAAGAAUUUUAAAAAAUGUCAUGUUCAUUGAUGCACAGUUGAGGAUUCAGGACUGAGUGUUUUGUAUUGAUAGCCAGCCGCGGCACCAAAGAAAAGAGUAGAGAGCUUUCAUGAAUAUGAAAUUAGACACUCCUGAACUGAUAUGUUUUAUAAGGUAAUAACACUGGGUCGACCCCGGUUUUGAGGAUCAAUUAUUAAACUGGACGUUAUGCCGGAUAGGCUGUAUCUGACUUAAACCUAGUCCCUGUUAAGAUUUUUUUUCUUUAACAAAGAAUUAUCUGACUUUGUCCGGGCCUGAAACAUUUCAAGAGUUAACUCCACAUUCCUGUGAAAUCCUGUAAAAUGUUUCACUUUACUCUAGUUGUGGUGGCUCUGAGAACCCAUUAUUUAACACCUUUAUUUAGGAGAAUGUACUUGAAGACUUAUUACUUCUAGUAUUAUGUUGAAAUGUAAACCGCUGAUUUCCUCAAAUAGAUCAGUCUAAUGUUGUUUAGUUGGUUGAGAGUCAAACCACCGCCAAAGAAAAACACUCCCCAUUAAAUCUUUCUUAUUUGGAAAAAAAAAAAAAAGAUGAAAAAAAUCCAGUUUAUAUUUUGUGACAGCUUGAUUUUUCAAUGUUUUGUGUUGUAAAUUAUUUUUUUAAUUAGUGGUACUGUGUAAUUGCUGGAUGAAGACCACUUGUGUCCCAGUUGUUAUGUAGUACACCAGUGGCACAAGAGAAUAAUCUGCCUCCGGUGCUUAAAGGGCAGUGCACUCAGCCUAGACACUACAACACAUUUGAAGUAAUGCAAUAUGAACCACACCUAUCUAAGAAGUAUAUUUAUUAAUAUGAUUGAUGGUUGUACGCUGAAAUGAUCAAGUUCUAUUAUGAACCUUAGAUGAUUGUACGUAUACUAUAAAGUGACAGAAUGAUGUCUGAAACUAUAGUGUGAAUUGCCUGCGAAGGUGGACAAUUUGACUUUUUAUAUUUCAUGUUCAGAUUGUGAUAUGAUAGAUGUAUUCUCUCUUGUUAACUUCCGUGCUUUUUUUUUUUUACAUGAAUGUCUCAUGGCUUACGAGCCAUCAUUGCUGGUUGUCGUCUUUGCAUCAAUUACUAUAUUUUUACUGUGUAUAAAAUGUGUAUAUGUACAUAGGAGUCACGGAAAUGCCUUCUCAUGCAAUAUAUGCUGCCUGUCCCCCUGCCAUGUUUUAGUUAUGUGGUGGUGAUGUCUUCAUGUCUUGAUUUUAAAGGAUUAAACAUAUUUUCUAAAUCUUGA